GGUCCGUGCCAGAUAAUCUUUGUUGGAGGAUUAAAGUGUGUCCCAGAGGAGGAGGAGGAGGACGCUCUACACGGCUUGUAUUCGUGCUAUGAGGCUCCUAUAACAUUCCAGGACAUAUUUGACCAGCUGACCAUAAUGCCUUCCACUAAGACCUCUAAUCACUGGACGUUAUCAGAGUUUCUUGGGCAGCGCAGACUGUUGGGGCUCGGGGCUCUGCUGGCGUGGCUCAUCCUCUUCCAUCUCCUGGUGAACGUUUGGCUCCUCUGCGUCUUCACCAGCCUCCUGGUGGUUCUUGGAGGUUGGCUUGGUUCCCGGGCUGUACUGGAUGCCAACAGCCUUCUCCACUUGGAACAUUUUUUGCCUCUUGGCACAGUUAACCCCCCUCUGCCUUCGCCUGAGCAUGAGUGGAGGUUGAACCAUGAGAUCCACAGCGCCGUCCACAAAGCUGUGCGUGACUUUGUGUCCUCGUGGUAUCGCACUCUGCUGCCAGAGGUGGAGGGAGAGUUUGAACGUGCUGUGCGUAAAACAAUGCUGGAGUCAGUGAUGGAGCUGAAAGAGCGUGCACGGCAUGUGGACAGAAAAGCGUUGGUUCAACGGCUGCUGGAGCUGUACGGCUGUCACCUGCAGAGCUACAUGACAGUGAGACAGAUACAGUCGACACAGAAGGAGAGCUUUAGCCUCUGGCAGCUCUACAGUGAAGUAGACGCUCCUCAUCCAGCUGUGAGCAGCACAACCACUGAGCUCAGCUACUCCAGAGCUCUAGUUAACCUUGUAUUACAUGUCCUGGUUCCGUACCCUCAGAUGGAAACCAAGACCGGAGGCUACAUGGUAACAGAGCUCAUCACCUGCAAUGUGCUGCUGCCACUAAUAAGCAGAGUUUCUGAUCCUGACUGGCUCAACCAGACCAUCGUAGACAUAUUCACCAGGUCCAGAGAACCACAGGAGAUCGGCAUAGAUGACCUCCCAGCAGAAGCACUAUACAAAUGUCAGAUCCAGCAGGAGUCCUGGACCACCUGCAAGUCACUGUCUUCUUCUGAUCAAACUGGCCUCACCUGCAAAAGCUCCUCUUAUUCUGAUGAUCUGCAGAGUCCAGCAAACUCCUCACAGAGCAGCAUGGUUAGCCUGACAUCUGCCGGGAAAGUGCAAAGAUGCCAUGCAGGUUUGCUCAAACCGUACAAAGUGAACUGCUGUUCUCUCACAUCUGGCCGCUACUCAUCACAGACCAAAAUAAUUUCAUCAGACUCGCUGAUUCCAUCAGACUCAGAAGACGACCUGACGGGAGGCUUUUGUGACUGUGGUCCUCCAACCAACUUCUGCAACGUCCUCACCUUAAAGGACGACGAAGACUUUGGCUGCUUCGGUCCUCUGAGAAAUCUUGGGCCAAAGGUAGUGGUGCCUGAUGACUCCCAGUGGCCAGCAGGCAUCGCCCAGGAGAGAUCUCCAACUUGUCCUCCAAGAAGGCUCUGUAUAUCCCCCUACAGCUUUGAUGCCCCCAACAACCCAGCUUCACCUGUGGUCAUCCAGAACGUGCAAGUUUCUGGAACUGUCAGUGUGAAGGAGCAGCGAAACGGUGGCACACAUCCAUAUACUCUCUACACUGUAAAGUUUGAGACACUGGCUGACCCUGAUAAUGCCGACACUCUACAACCUGCAGCCAGUCACACCGUCAGUCGCAGAUACAGCGAGUUCCUCAACUUGCAGACACGUUUAGAGGAGAAGCCUGAAGUGAAGAAAUUCAUCAAAAAUGUGAAGGGCCCGAAGAAAAUGUUCCCCGACCUCCCGUUCGGCAGUCCAGAUGGUGAGAAAGUUGAGGCACGUAAAACCCAACUGGAUGCCUUCCUUAAACAAUUAGGCAGCAUUCCUGAGACAGCCAACAGUGAAGACAUGCAAGAGUUUCUAGCUCUUAACUCAGAUGCUUGCACAUAUUUUGGAAGGAAGCCUUUUGUCAAGUCAAGAAUUGAUAAGAUGAUGGAAAAUGCUUUAGACACCUUGAAGACAGCCUUCCCUCAUCCUGAGACCCUCAGUCCCACAGAGGACAUCGAAGGAGAUGCUGAUGGAAGGACGAUGGAAAGAAAGUACAGGAGGCUUAUGUUCGGCAGCAAAGUUUCCCCAUCUCUCAAUAUACCUGACCUACAUCCUAAAGUGGGAUACUGCUUCAGUGAAGGCAGCCCGGUCCUCAAUGGCAUGUCACUAUCCGGCCUGGAGAGCUUUGUCGGAGAGCGAUAAAGACUUUUAUGUGAGCUGAAUGGGAAAGAGGCAGUCAAGCAGAGCUGUGAGCAGCAAGGCAAAGACAAGAAGAAUUCAGGGAAAAAUCACGGAACAGACACAGCUGUGGCAGAUGUUGCUUUGAACAUCUUGUGUCUGCUGAUGAAGGACCAGUGGAGUUGGCUGUGCACUGAGAACAUACAGAAAACCAUCAGACUGCUUUUUGGCACUUUCAUUGAAAGAUGGUUGGAUGUUGGGGUUGCCCAUCUUACCAGUGCCCCCUGCUGGGUGAUUUACCUCCAAGUGCUGCAGGAGGCUGUAUGGCCAGGUGGCACGCUGCCUACUCAGCCACGACCAGAGCGAAGUGUCGCAGAAAGAGAGGAAACGAAGGAGCAAUGUCUGGACUGUCUAAUGCAGCUGUUACCAGAACUCAUCACUGACAUGCUGGGCAGUGAGAAGUACAGACUGAGCUUAGAGACCAUGCUGGAGUCUUUACAGGACCAUCAGAUAAACAAACAUCUGCUCUACUGCAUCUGUGACCUGCUGCUGGAGUUUCUGAUCCCUGAGUCGUGUGAUGAGGCCUUCCAGAAAUCUCUCCUGCAGAGUUUGGCUAAAGACACAGAGAGGGACAGUCCUCACAUGUGAUCUACACAUAAUAUACUUACAGAUGGAUGUGCAGUAUACUGUAUGUGUGAGCUGGAGUUUACAGGAUAACGGCACAAAAUAGUGGCAGUCAUUACUUUUGGUCAGCAGGAAAAAGGUCUUCUCUUAGCUUCAUGCAUUUACAAUAAGCUUCCCUUCUUUGUGACCAACUGUAGCACAAAGAAAUGGGAAAUGUGAGAAAUGUGUGUGUAUCAGAAGGAAACAACUAUGGUGUCAGCAUCAGCCAGACAAUGUCCAACUAACAGAAGUAUCAGCCAAGUAUUGGCAACUGUUAUGACCCAUAAUGCAGACUAUGUACAAUUACAUUAAUAAAUGAGUCUUUUUUAGCUACAGCCAAACAGCCAUGUUCUCUGUAACUUGUGCUUGUUCACUGUUUUUCUGAAUACAUUUAUUCAUUCACUCAGGUUUGGUGCACACAUGGUUUCCAUAGAGACCGACACCUGACAGUUUAUAUGUUCCAUAUGAAAUAUUAAAUUUUUAACAAAUGUAUUUUUAAAUCAUCACCUGAUGCAUUGAAUAGAUUUGAUACAAGGGCUUUAAAAUAUAUCCUGGAUUGUAAAUUAACUUUUGUUUCUGUCCUUUAUUCCCUGUAAUCCGAUGAUGGAAGUUUACGCUUCUCAGUGCAAUUAGUGCCUUCAGCUGAUAGCUGUGACAUCCGUUAGUGAAAUCAGCUUUCUUAUAUUUUAGUUUGUCAGUUUCACAGAGAGCUCAGAUGAAAGUCAGGGCUGAGCAUAAGACUGGUGGACUGAUUCAAAGACUGAUUUACUGAAGCAAUAAAUGCCUUUAGUCUAUGAGCGUUGUGUGGGAAUUCCCCUUUCUUCCAGCUUUGUACACAGAUUUUAAGAUUUUGUAUUUGUCUCCUCCCUCACUGUCAUGUUACUGUGUUAGUGGAUGUGUUUUAUCUGCAUUUACUCCUUUGCACCCAUCAAAUUAUGAAUAUUUUCCAUUUGGUGCAGUUUUCAUAAGCAGCUGCACAGACACUCUCACUGAUGAUGACUAACGUAGGAAACUGAAUGCAACCAUCCGUAUUGCUGCUCCCAAAGCACUGAUGCUUCAUGUUUGAUCUUAAAAAUCUGGGAUUGCUUUCACCCAGCCAUCUGUUUGAGCUUUGUGGGGUCUUUAAACCACUAAAUUAUUUAGACCUUAAUAUUAAGAGCACUAUGUGUGUGAAAAGAGUUUAACAUUUGACACGUGCACUCCAGACAGAUAUUUUGUUCAUAAAAGUACAUCCAGACAGUGUGCUAUAGUUUUCCCAUGAGCUUUUGAUCCUGACAACAUUCUGAAAAACGAUCAUUGUAUCUUUGAUCUUUGACUAUGAAUAACAAUUUACUGUAUGACUUAUGAAACCACAGUCAAAAUGUUUCUUUUUAAUUUGACAUAGGUGUUGUGUUAAGAAAAACAAGGAGCCAAAUCACCAACAUUUUCUUGUCAGCUUGACUCCAUUUCAAGUGAAAAAUGUCCCAUUAAAUAUGAAGCAUCUGUU